AUGUUUCUUUUCUUUAGUAUUUCUAAUAGCCAAAUCUCCCCAAACUAUAAAGGUUUACCUCCGCAUAAAGUCCACAAAUAUAAAACUAAUAUUGAUUGGAAUAAUGGUAAAUUUAGAUGCUUCGAUGGAAAAAAAUUAAUCGAAACUGAUAAAAUAAAUGAUGAUUUCGCUGAUUGUAAAGAUAAAUCGGAUGAACCUAGCACGUUAGCAAAUAGUGAAGGCUUGUUUUACUGUCAAAACACAGGUUAUUUUCCGAAAUAUAUUCAAAAAUGGAGUGUCGAUGAUGGAAUCUGCGAUUGCUGUGACGGAUCUGAUGAACCAAAUCCAAGGAAAGUAAAUUGCUCUAAUAAUUGCAACGAAAUGAAUCAAAAAUACUUAAAUAUUCGCGAAACUUUACUAAAACGAAUGAAAAAAGGAUUAAACAAUGUGAAUCCAGCUGUUGACAAAUCUUCGAAGAAUACAUACUAUUGGCUAUCAAAUAAAAUCAAUAAAAACAAAGAACAAAAUAAAAUGUUCGAAGAAAACAAUUCAACAGAAAAUAGUGAAACAUCAAGUUUUCUAAACCAUCAAAAGCAACUACUAGAUGAAAAAUUCAAAUCAGAAAAGACAGAAACAGGAAAAUCAAUUUCUACAAAGUUUUCUCUCAGUAAUGGACACUACAAAUUAGAAAACCAUGCCUCAAUAAGACAUGAAGGACAUGAUAUAGGAAGAUUCGCAAGAAUGGAAGGAAAUAGAGCUAUUUACAACAAUGGCGAGCACUGUUGGAUUAUUCACAGAGGAAAGAAUACUUACAUCGACGAAUACUGCUGGGACACAAACGUUCUUCAGUAUGUUGUUGAAUUUUCGAUGUGUGAGUACAAAGGAGUACUUUUGACUGAUACAGCAUGUAAUAAAGAGACUAUCGAUAAGGUAGAGAAUAUGAGCCCAGAAGAAAUAAUUUCUCUUGUUAAGAUUUAUGGAAUAGAAUAA